ACAAAAACAGCAGCAACAACACUCCAACUUGCAGCUUGCACAGGGUAUAGACUGGGAACAAGAAGUUAUCCACUUCGCACGCUUUUUUUCGCAGCAGAUCGCUUUAAAAACACCAUGGCAACUGAGUGCGAGGCAUGGCUUAACGCUAACCCCGUAGAGGCGGACGAUCUGAGCGAUUCCUUCCUGUCCGGCGAUGAGGAGAAGGGGGGAAGCUGGAAGGUCGAUAACGAGAUUAACGGGAACUGGAUCUCGGCCCCCACUUCCAGCAUCCACGAAGCCAGAGUCAAGGCCAAGGCCAAGAGGAGGCUGAGGAAGAACUCGUCCAGGGACUCCGGCCGGGGGGACUCCCUGAGCGACAACGGGGACAGCGUCCGGGGCCCUCUGGUGACGCCCACUAGCCCCAAGGGCAAACUGCUGGACAGGAAGUCCCGACUGGGCAAGGGGCGGGGCCUACCAAAGAAAGGUGGAGCAGGGGGCAAAGGUGUGUGGGGACCCCCAGGAGAGGUCUAUGACCUUGAAGAGGUGGAUGUCAAAGACCCCAAUUAUGAUGAAGACCAGGAAAACUGUGUGUACGAGACGGUGGUGCUGCCGCUGGACGAGGACGACUUUGAGAAGACGGUCACACCCAUCGUGCAGGAGUAUUUUGAGCACGGGGACACCAAUGAGGUGGCGGAGCUGCUGGGGGAGCUGAACCUGGGUCAGAUGAAGAGCGGCGUGCCCAUGCUGGCCGUGUCGCUGGCCCUGGAGGCCAAGGCCAGCCACAGGGAGCUGACAGCCCGGCUGCUGUCUGACCUCUGCGGCCGGGUUCUGACCCUCAGUGACGUGGAGAGCUCCUUCGACAAGCUGCUGAGGGAGCUGCCCGACCUGGUGCUGGACACACCCGGAGCCCCGCAGCUUGUUGGCCAGUUCAUCGCCCGAGCUGUCAGGGAUGAAAUCCUGUCUAAAAGUUACAUCGAGAGCUACAAAGGGAAAGUGGACUGUGAACAUGCAAGGGCAGCGCUGGACAGGGCGGCGGUACUGCUGAAGAUGAGCCGGGGGGGUCUGCGCAUCGACAACAUGUGGGGCUCGGGGGGCGGACAGAGACCCGUCACUCAGCUCAUCAAAGAGGUGAACCUUCUUCUGAAGGAGUACCUUCUGUCUGGCGAUGUGGUGGAGGCAGAGAGAUGUCUGACAGAACUCGAGGUGCCCCACUUCCAUCAUGAGUUUGUCUAUGAGGCAAUAGUCAUGGUCUUGGAGUCUAAGGGGGAGAGAACGUUCAAAAUGGUUGUGCAGUUGCUGAAAUUUCUGUGGGAGUCCUCUGUCAUCACUGUGGACCAAAUGAGAAGGGGGUUCCAAAGAGUUUACUUUGAGAUAGCAGAAAUUAACAUAGAUGUCCCCUGCGCUUACGCCGUACUCGAGCAAUUUGUGGAGAAGUGCUACAGUGCUGGCGUUAUUGACAAAAGACUGAGGGAUCUCUGCCCCUCUCGCGGUCGCAAGAGAUUUGUGAGCGAAGGAGACGGAGGACGGCUUAAACUGGAGAGUUACUGAGGAGCCGCUCUGGGAGCCAGCUCGUGCCAGGUGCAUCCACAAUACUGGAGCUACUUUUUACACUUCAUAUAUUUGUUAUAAUGGUUUAGGUACAAAAUCUCUCCUUUCAAUGGUUAAGAAUGUACAUUUUGGAAAAAGGAGGCAUGGGAAAUAAAGGCACUUUUUUUCUUUUACGUUUUUUUCUUUUUUUUUUUGAAGGAGAGAAAGGUAAAUAUACCUGACAGUUGUCUGGAAAUAAGCUAACUCAGAAAGUGCCACACCUCUGAACGAUGUAGUCAUUCCAUGUUUUUUGUAUUGAUUUCACUGCCACUCCUUUUUCCCGACAGCAGUGUUUGUACAAGAAUCACUGGUUUGUGUAUAAAGCUUUAUACUGAAGGGGGCACAUUUGUUCAGAACAGUUGCUCCUCUUAUUGGCUGCUAUUGUUUAUAGAUGCUGUGCUUGAAAAUUUUUCCUCUAUCCUGAAGACAUUAUAACUGAAGGCAACAGAAGAACGCAGUGUAAAAGUUGACUUAUUUCGGGCAAGUUUCACAAAAUGGUGUCCAGAAUGUUUAUUUUUAUAUUUAAGAACACUGGUGAGUGAAAUGU